AUGCUAAUGUCUAGACCAACACACGAAAUACUUCUCUCUCUCUCUCUCUCUCUCUUCGAUCGUUGUUGUUUUUCAUUUCUCUCUCUAAAACUCGGAACUCGGACUAGGGGUGAGUUACAGAAGAUGGGUCAGGAAUCGUUCGUAUACAGCUUCGUGGCUCGCGGAACAGUGGUCCUGGCCGAGUACACCGAGUUGACUGGGAACUUUCCGGCAAUCGCGACUCGGUGUCUGGAUAGACUUCCGGCUUCCAACAAAAAGUUCACCUACAACUACGAACGCCACAACUUCGAUUUCCUCGCCGAGGACGGUUACGCUUAUUGCAUUGUCGCCAAAGAAUCUGUUGGGAAUCAGAUUUCAGUCGCAUUUUUGGAACGGUUGAAGGCAGAUUUCAAGAAAAGAUAUGGUGGUGGUAAAGCAGAUACAGCUGAUGCCAAAAGUUUGAACAAGGAGUUUGGGCCACUUAUGAAAGAGCACAUGCAGUACAUAAUUGACCAUGCUGAAGAGAUUAACAAACAGUUCAAAGUGCAAGACCAAGUUUCACAACUUAAAAACAUUAUGCAGGAAAAUAUUACCAAGGUUAUUGAAAGAGGGGAGAACCUAAACGAUCUAUCUGACAAGGCUCACGAUCUGCGUGAUUCGGCUGAAGGAUUCAAGAAAGUCUCGGACCAGAUCAAGCGAAAAAUGUGGUAUCAAAAUAUGAAAACAAAGUUGAUUGUGCUCGUAAUCUUAUUAGUGCUGGCCCUGAUAAUCUGGCUUUCUAUUUGCCAUGGUUUCAAAUGCACCUAAAGGAGACUCAUUUCGGAGUUUUGAGUUGAGCAGAGUUGUUUUUGGUCUUAUUAUGUCGAAAUUUAGCAACUCGGAUUUAAUUCAGUGGCCAGAAUUCUUGUACCUUGCUAGAAAGUCACGUUGGAGAGACGAGUUAUAUGCUUCCAAGUUUAUUUAUUUAUUUAUUUUUCAUAUAGAAGUGGUGGGGGUGGAGGAGGCAUUUAGGAUUUGUAAUUGAUUGUGCUAUAAUAUAAAUUGUUUUAAUUUUUUAUUUUA